AUGCCUAAGGAAAAGGUCCAAAAGCGUGCUACCAAGGCUCGCGCCGAGAAGAAGAAGAAGGACCCUAACGCGCCCAAGCGUGGUCUCUCUGCCUACAUGUUCUUUGCCAACGAGCAGCGCGAGAACGUUCGUGACGAGAACCCCGGCAUCAGCUUCGGCCAGGUCGGCAAGGUUCUUGGUGAGAGAUGGAAGGCCCUGAACGACAAGCAGCGUGCUCCUUAUGAGGCCAAGGCUGCUCAGGACAAGAAGCGUUACGAGGAUGAGAAGGCUAGCUACAAUGCCGAGGCCGAGGAGGAAGAGUCUUCUUAA